UAACGGACAUGAUCACCAAGCUGUCCGAAUAACGGAAGUGAGGUUCUGGCGUCAGGUACUAUUUUGUUAAAAAAGUGGCUUCAUUUCUGUGGUGCGGGCUGAGUCACAGAUUCAAUGAUUCAUAUCAGCUAGUUCUGGUUCUCCGCGUACAACUAAUCAAUUAUUCUUGACUGACCACUAUUCAACCGCGGGAAAGCCUCAGGUGUCUAUCUACUUGCAUAAGAUUCUUCGAGGCUGGCCGUUACCUAUCAAAAACUGAAAAGAUAACCCGCGAUCUGCGGCCUCAGACUUAUACAAGACGGGAUACUUAAAGGAUACCCUCCUAAUACAACGCGCUUAACUGAAAGGUCAACAUGACAAACAGCCACAAGGCCAGCGCAGACUGGACGCCGUCGUCAUGGCGCACAAAGCCAAUCAAGCAAUGUCCCGAGUACCCAGACAUAGCCGCGCUUCACAAAGCGACGGGAGAGCUGGGCAGGCUGCCGCCAAUUGUGCACCCGCACGAAAUCGAGAAGCUGAAGCAGUCACUGCGGGAUGUAGCGCGCGGUGAGGCUUUCCUGCUACAAGGCGGUGACUGCGCUGAGCUGUUCGACUACUGCCGGCAGGACGCUAUUGAAUCUAAGAUCAAGCUUCUGCUGCAGAUGAGUCUGGUACUGAUCUGGGGCGCCGACAAGCGUGUUGUGCGCAUCGGCCGCAUGGCCGGCCAGUACGCGAAGCCGCGCUCGAGCCCGACCGAGAUCGUCGACGGGCGAGAGGUGCCGUCUUUCCGUGGCGACAUCUUGAAUGGGUAUCACCUGGAGGAGCGGGAGUUGGAUCCCCAAAGAUUAGUCAAGGCAUAUAACCACUCAGCGGCAACUCUCAACUACAUCCGAGCCGCCAUCUCAGCAGGCAUAGCAGACCUGCACCGGCCCUUGAACUGGAGUCUGGGACAUGUCAAGGACCCGGAGCUAAAAGCUAAAUACACGGCUGCGGUACAAUUCCUACAAGAUAUGCUACGCUUCAUGCACACGAUUGGCGCGGAUAAGAGCCCUAAGCUGGACACCAUUGAUCUUUACACAAGCCACGAGGGCCUCCUCCUCGAGUAUGAGGAGAAAUUGACACGCUUGAUGGACGUGCCCCCAGCGAUUAAUCCACCACCACAUUUUACAGAGGGCGGCCAACCGCGAAAGCAGUACUACAACACCUCGGCGCAUUUUCUCUGGAUAGGGGACCGCACGCGGCAAAUAGACGGUGCUCACGUCGAGUUCUUCCGUGGCAUCGCGAACCCAAUCGGCAUCAAAGUCGGCCCGACAACGCCGACAUCAGAUCUUCUAGAGCUCCUGCGGACGCUAAACCCGGACAUCGAACCCGGCAAAAUCACGCUGAUAACGCGGUACGGCGCCUCCAAAGUGCGCGACCUUCUCCCCUCGCAUAUUCGUGCCGUAGAAGGCAGCGAGUACAAGGGGGCAGUGAUCUGGCAGUGCGACCCGAUGCACGGCAACACGAGGUCGACAGGCACGGGCAUCAAGACGCGGCGCUUCGACGACGUCUUCUCAGAGCUGCAGGAGACGCUGCACAUCCAUAAGGAAGAGGGCAGCUACCUGGGCGGCGUACACCUCGAGCUCACCGGCGACGCCGUCACCGAGUGUCUCGGCGGCAGCGAGGGUCUGGCCGAGGACGACUUAUCCACGAACUACACGAGCUUCUGUGACCCGCGCCUCAAUGAGCGGCAGGCCCUCGAACUGGCCUUCCUCGUCGCAGAUAGUUACCGGAAGGAAAGGGCUCUGUAGUGACCAGUUUCCGAAGCACCUAUCCCCAUAUUCUAUUCAUUAUUCCGAAUCUAAAUUCAUGAGACUCUAGCGG